ACACGGUCACACUGCCUCGGUCUGUGUUCUCCUGCACACACGGUCACACUGCCUUGGAUCUGUUUUCCCUGACAAUCCACUGCCGCGCUGCUCAGCCCUGUUGUCCAUGGGCGGUGCUCUGGCACACUCAGGACCCCCCUGCUCUGGUGUUCGGUCCUCCCCGGGGACAAGGACCGCGCACACCCAGCCCCUGCUGCCCCCACAGCGGCCGAGCCGGCGCUGCCCGCGGGGCUGGGCGGGCUCCGGGGAUGGAUGGCUGGAGGGGGGAGGAUGGGUCCUCCCGGGCGUUCUCUGCUCCGCAGCGCUGUGAGACACGACAGCAGGCACGGAAUGGGGAAUCUGCUCUGAAUCAUCACGCCGUAGGAACCUUACACUCACUAAACCACCUCUUGUUCCUUGGAUCGAUUCCAUCCAUAAUUCUGGGAGAGAUGGCUGAGGAGUGGUUUUGGCAAGGUGACACCGAUUGCUUUCUCUCCAUCUAGAGCUUUUUGGGUUGUGUGGCUCCCUUGGGUUUUACAUUCUGUGCUGAGAUGAUUGUAACCCUUCCUCUGGGACGCCUGAGAGCAGCUGCUGUUUCUGUCUAGACACCCGGGCAAGGAUGGAUGUGACGAAGAGCUGUUUUCCUCCUCUGGCUCGGGAUUAAAUCUCUCUGUCACAGACCAGGGCAUUCCUCUAAGGAAAUGGAUACGUCUUCCCAAAAAUACCCAGUCAAAAAGCGAGUGAAAAUCCAUCCCAACACAGUAACAGUGAAAUACACUUCUCAUUAUCCCCAGCCAGGAGAAGAAGGAUGUGAGGAUGAUAAUGAAGAUCCUGGAGUAUUUAAGGAGGAUAAUCCUAAGAGAAGACUACUGAGUGAUGGGAAAAGGAGAGAAAGGACUUUUUUUGGUACAAUAGACACCAAGCCAGCACAACUGCCCAAACCCGGUGAGGUGGGACAGUGCCAGCGUUUUCCUGAAGGGAAUCCCCUGCAGUCCAGGAGGACAUGGGCAGUCCUGUUCGGCUCUGCCGUGGCUCACGGCUGCGUGGCUCUCAUCACCAGAUUGGUUUCUGACCGUUCCAAAGUGCCCUCCCUGGAGCUGAUCUUCAUCCGCUCGGUCCUGCAGGUGCUGUCCCUCACUGUGGUGUGUUACCACCACGAGCCUCCCUUCGGCCCCAAAGGCUACAGGCUCCGGCUCUUCUUCUACGGGGUGUGCAACGUGGUCUCCAUCACCUGUGCCUACACCUCCUUCUCCAUAGUGGCCCCCAGCAAUGGAACCAUCAUGUGGAGGGCGACCACCACGGUGUUCAGUGCCAUUCUGGCUUUCUUACUCAUGGAUGAGGGAAUGGCUCACGUAGACAUAGUUACUGUGCUUGGCAGCGUGUUCGGCGUUUGCCUGGUCAUGAUCCCCAACAUCGUUAAGGAGGAAAACUCUUUGCUGAGCACCUGGAAGGAAGCUUUUGGCUACACCAUGACCGUCAUGGCCGGCCUGACCACUGCCCUCUCCAUGAUAGUCUACAGGUCCAUCAAGGACAACAUCAGCAUGUGGACAGCCCUGUUCACCUUCAGCUGGACGGGGACGCUGUGGGGAGCGGCCACCAUGUUCCUGCUCCAGGAGCCCAUCGUGCCCCUGGAUGGAGAAACCUGGAGCUACCUCCUGGCCAUCUGCCUGUGCUCCACCGCAGCCUUCCUGGGGGUCUACUACGCCCUGAGCAAGUUCCACCCUGCGCUGGUGAGCACCGUGCAGCACCUGGAGGUCGUCGUCGCCAUGGCCCUGCAGCUCCUCGUGCUGCGCAUCGUCCCUGGCACCUGCGACCUGCUGGGGGCCGCCGUCAUUCUGGCCAGUGUCUUCUUCCUUGCGUGUUACAAACUCUCCUGGAUGAACUUAAGGCAGCAAGAUUAUCAGGAGAUUGUGGACUCUUCCAUUAAAUGAGCCACAGCUUUACUGUCUGAGUCUGGCUGUGACCACGUGAACAGAACUCAUUUCAGCUCCCGUGCCCCGGCGUCGUGGCCAGGUCCUCUCUCUGCCAUUUCAGUUCUCAGCUGAUGUAGCAAUGUCGGUGUGAAUUUGUUCUGCUGCAUAUAACCACUGACAUUUUGUCAUACACAGAAGGGCACCACACAGGUUGCAUGAGCAGAAGCACAGGCUGGCCCACAGAAGGGAAGGCCAAGUCACACAUGUUCUUCCUCCCCUCCCCUGGAUAAGGCAGUACAGAGGGGUUCACUAGUGACUCUCAUUCCUGUGCACUGUGGAAGUAGGAAAAUGAGCAGUAAAACCAUUGCAGUGGUCAGAGUUCUCUGUAACGCUUCUUAAGUUUUGCCUGCAAUAUUCUAAAUGAAGUAAUGCUAAAUUUCUGUGGCUAAAACUUGUAUUUCCUGUGUGUACAGAAGUCAGUAAAGCUUCUUGUGCUUUGUGGUUAAA